GCCACGAGCGCUCAGCUCCCCCUCGGUCAAUCCCCUCCUCGCAUUCCCCCUCUUUCCCGAUCCCCUAACCCUAAGGCGACGGCGCCGUCGUCAGCCCCGCAUCUCCCCUUUCACGGCGACCUCUCCCAGCGCCAUCUCGUCGUCAUCCGAUCUGGAGGAGCACGUGGACGCCGGGAACGCAGCACGGAAGCGAGCGCGCCGUCGGUCCUGCCUCCCCUGGUUCCUCGCCGAGCGCCACGACCACGACAACGAUCACCAAGAGGAGGCAGGAAAAUGAGUCAUCCGGUCGUGCACCCGAUGGAGGUGGAGGUUCAGGCGGGCCAGCAGCCGCAGGUUAGAAUGGAUGACGUGCCAGGCAAGCCUGGCACGCUUUGCGGCCUUGGAUUGCGGUGUGCUCAGUUCAUCUGCGCUUCCAUCACGCUCUCUGUGAUGGCGAACACUCACUUCAGGCCCUUUCCUUCCUUUCGCUUUGUCAUCGCAGCUGUUGGUUUGUUGUUCUUGUGGAGCCUAGUACUGGCCCUGUUGGACAUCUACGCGCUACUUGCCAAGCGUCAUUUACGACACCCUCUGCUGAGUCGGCUUUUCUCCGUCGGAGAUGGGAUCACAGCAGUAACUAUGUACAGCGCAGCCUGCAUGUCAGGUGCUGUUUCCAGGUUCUUCAGCGACAGUGAGCUGUGCACAGCAAACCACUGUGUUAGCUACGUGAUUGCUAUAGCAUUUGCGUUCUUAGGUUGUGUUGCAAUUUCCCCAUCUUUUGUGCUGAACCUUAGUUCGUGGAUGGCAGCUUUGCCCCAUUAGGCAUUUAGACUAGGUGAGUUAGUUGUCUUUUUUUUAUUUUCUCCCUUUUAUGCAACCUUGGAUAUUUUGUGACGAAGGUGUUCAGCGAACCUCAUGUUUCGAUGCACGAACCCAAUGUCUACCCCCAGGAAAUUCAAUUUGUAUGAGGUAGCGAAUCAUGAAUCAGGCAACUAUGCUCAUAAUCACUAUCUAAACCAUCUACCUAUACUUUUCUCAGGAUCAAUAGAAAAUUAUUGUAUUGUAAGCCCCUCUGAAACUAUGUUAUCAUUUCAUUAGCAUGAUCAUAUUUGCACCAUCCACUCCCUUUGUGAUAUUAAUGAACUAUCUUGCGAUUGGCAAGAUUGUUCUUGCCUUGUUAAAUAAAUCGGACUAGCUGACUGCCCAUGUUUUACCUCUAUUGUCGACAUAAGUUCCACUCAUAUUAGGCUCAACUGUAGGGAGUUUUAAACACAGUUUUUUAGGGAACAUGAAUUUUUUGACCAAUGUUUUUGCUUUGUUAAAGAAAAAUAAAUGAUUAAUGUGGAAAUGCUAACUUGUCUGUGUUACACAAGAUUACGUGAGCACAUGUAUGUUAAGGGAUGAAAAUAAACUUGUCCGUUCUAUUUGACAUUAUUGAUCCAGUUCCUAGAAUUUCUGAAGAUUAUCACUGAGAGACUACUUGCUGGGGUGAUAAUACAUUCUAUAUUAAUUUUACCAUUGAAAGAAUGUUAUUUAGCAUUUCUCUACUUUGGAUAGUUGCAUUAUGAUUGUCAGAAGAGAUACCUUAUAGUGAAUUCAUGAUGGUUGCAAUCUUAUACAUAUAUUGCAUGAAAUGAAAAUGUCUACUUAAUGUGUGCUCCUUAAUACAUUGUGACCAAUUUGAGCUCACUGGAGCAUAAUAACACAAUUUAUCUCCAGAUGAUACGUGUGAUGCAGAAGCAGUUUUGGUGACAGCCAAUUUAAGCUCACUGAUGCAUAAUACCACAAUCUAUCUCUUAUGAAGAUACGUGUGAGGCAAAAGCAGUUUUGGUGAGGGUGAGGUGAAUUUUCUGUAGCCAAGGUGCGUUGGUCCCGUUUACAUUAUCAAUCUGAAUCCUAGGUGUGUUUUUAAGGAAACAACUUUGGCAUAAGGGCAGAGACAAAGUAUUUUAACGUGUUCAUGGAAGGAUGUACUAUUGUCUAUUGAUAUAACCCUAAUUACUGAAAAGAGACUACUAUAUUCUUCUCUGAUAUAUUGAGAUGGACUGGCCCCUUUAUAGAGUAGACAAGACUUGACCGACAAGCUGGUAGGUCUGUUCAAACUCUUAAUACGAUUUCUAAGCCGACUGGACUCUUUCCUCACAAAGGUCCUUCAUUAAUUAACAAAGGUCCUUAAUUAAUUAGGACACUAAUCAAGGAAUAAGGCCCACGUUUGAUUGAUUGGGCCACAUAACAUCCCUACCUUUCUUGAAAAACAGCUUGUCCGCCUCGAUUGUGCGCCAGCCACUCACAGAAAAACUGCUCGCACCUGUUGAACCAGGAGGAUCUACCGAGCCAUCAUAUGUUGGGAAGUCAAGCUUGUGGAUGCGGAGCACACGAGAACCCAAACCUGAGUGGAGUUGAUGAUUAGGACAGGGGCGAAAGGGUGGUGAUGGGCGGGGUGGAUCCAUAGAUGGGUUGUGGAGGGGGCGCGCCCAUAACGGCGUAUGAAAUAGAUUGGCAGGUGGAGGCAUGAAAGCUGCUGAUGGUAGUGCUGUUGCUGGUAGGU